GUUGGAUUGAGGGUUGUGCCGCAGUGCUUGAUGUGGUGUAUCUGGAGUGAAAGAAAUGCUAGAUGUUUUGAGGGUUGUGAGCGGCCCUUGCUAGAGAAUAGGUCUUUUUCUUACAUACUUUCCUUGUUUGGAGUGUGGCUUUGUAGCAUUUUUCUUGUUUUUCCCUUCCUAUUUUACUUGAUCAUUUUUCUAUUACACUCUCUCUCUCUCUCUCUCUCUCUCUAGCUAUCUUCACAUGUAAUGUUUUGUCUCCAAUCCAAAACAGAUUUCUGAUCUGUUCUGCUGGUAAGUUAUGGGUGGUUCUACUUUUGUUUUUAUUGAAUCUAAAACUUUUGAGUUUGCUGUCGAGGAAGGGGGUUCGUUUUUCUCUUUAUGUAUCUAUGAAAGAGGUAGGCACACCACACGUUCUGUCUGUAUGGGUAAGGAGAGUGCGAAGAGAAUUUUGUUUCACGUUGAGGACUUGGCAUCUAAGCAAAAGCCGGGUCAGUUUGCGAGAACAGUUCGGGAGGGAGAUAGAAUUCUCAUCAUUCAGUUGGGCUCCAAUGCACAUGGCUCUUUUUUAUUGUUCUCUGAAUUAGACAAAGGCCGCCGGAGGGGUUCCAUUGUCAUUCCGGAAGGGAGCUUGGGGAGUGGCUGGAGAAGAUUUGGUUUCCACUUGAGGAAGACUAUCUUUCCGGUUAGCCAGAAUCUCAGUGUUCAGAAUAGGAGGACCGCCAUGAAGCAGGUGGGGGUGAUGGAGAAUUUCCGGCAGAACCCAGAAGGAGUUGUAAACAAAGGGAAGGUGUUGAUGUCAGGUUUUCAAAAUUUGAAUCCAGAUUUUUCUUGGGGAGGGAAUUCCGGGUUUGAUAAGGAUGGUGAUGGGGCGGUUGUCACGUCAGUCAUUAAGGGCGCUGCGUGUAGCAGUGGUUAUAUUUCGCCGACCUUGGAUAUUUCCUUGCGCGUGGAACGUGGGAAUGAUGGGCAGUGGCAGGUGAUUUCUUCUAAGGUCAAUGAGGUGGGCCCGGUUGCUGUGAAGCCCAGUGGUAACAUUAAGUUACAUAGUUUUAAAAAUGUGUUAACAAAAGGUAGUGGGCCUAGGCCCCACGCUGCUUGGAAACCCAAAGCCCAAGCUGGGCUUCAUAUAGCUGUGACUCAUAAGCCUAAGUUACAACACGUUAGCUCUAAACCCACCUUCUAUAAAUCUGGAGAAACUUCCUCUCCUGCUUGUAUCCCCGAUGCCCAGUUGUGUGAGUCUUCACCUCAGCCUAGCAUAUCGGACUGCCAUGUUUCAGGGAUCGGGUCUUCGAUUUCUGCUUGUGCGAACACCGCUACUGCAUGUGAUUCUCCUCUCUCGGUGCCUCUCCAGGUGGUUCCUAGCUUGGGGUCUUCGGUGGCCCCCACUUUUUCUGCAUGUGACUCUGUUUUUGGGCUUCCGCCGACGCUCUCAAGCAGGUCGCCAGUUUUGUCACCAUUUUACAAACAUAAGGUGGGUAGUAGCUUUCCGACGACUAAUGAGGUAGGAAUGGGGUCGGAGGAGGGGAAUUUUGAGACGGAUUCAGCAAGUCCUACUCAGCUAGCAGAGGGAUUGGAGAAAUCUGAUCAGAUUUUCACCAAAGCACCACAGGAUUUUGGUCUUACUCUUAGUGACUUUGUUGGUGAUUUGAGCAGAACAUGGGGUAAUUCCAAUGAUUGGAUGAUUGAAUUUCGGGAUGGGAGGAAAAUAGUUAUCCCACUCUCAGCAUAUCGUUCUCCUAAUUCCGUAUCAGAUCAACUUGUUUCGGAGGGUGUAGUUAAUUCAGGUAAGGAUUCUUCUGUUAACGAGGGGCAAAUUACUAGUUGUGUUUCUGAGUAUGAUGGUGUUGUGGGUUCUGUUGCCUCUGAGUUUGGGUCAGAGGGUGAGGCUUGGGACUCUGAGGAGGGUUUGUUGAAUUGGGAACAUUUAGGUGAACCACUUGAGGUGGCACCCCUGGCAGUGGAUAACUCAGUGGUUUUGGAGAUCCCUACGGUUGAGGAGAGAGAGUGUACGGUGGAUGUCGACAACUCCAAGUUGUCACUUUGGGUAACUAAUAAAAUUAAAGCUUUCCAGAAAUCUGUUGGGACCUCGUUGGAGGGGUUCGAAGAACAAGUUACAGGUUUGCUCUUAGCUUUAGAAGCUAGAAGAAAAAAGAGGAUGUUGGAUGUUGCCUCUCAGAGGAAGAUGGUUAAGGCUGGGCAUAAAGGGCAUCGUGAAUUAAAGAAUUUAUUGAGUUCUUGGGGUGAGGAGAAUGAGUCAGAAAGGAGCAGGAGUGUAGUUAGGGACCGGGAUGUUGUAGUGCACCAAUGAAUUUUAGAAUUGUUUCUUGGAAUGUGAGAGGGUUGAAUGAGCAGGAGAAGCGUCUUCAGUUUGUGGGGAGGUCAACAUGUGGAUUGGCUCUAUUUAGGCUCUGUGGGUGCUUCAGGUGGGGUGUUACUGAUGUGGGACAAC